GAUAUGGGAGGCAAACACUUGCACCGAUUCGUCUAGUUUCGCUUUCGAAGCGAACGAUUGAGGAGGUUUUAUUUUAAUUUGUCUACCAAAUUAUGUUGUUUAUGACACGGAUCUUUGUUAAAGGGAUUCUUAAUCUUGCUGAACGAAAUUUGCUGGCUGUUAACGAGGUGGUCGGUACAUGCGCUUCUCUUAAAGACGAUCCGAGUUAAAUCUCCGCUCCCCGUGCAUGUGAAUAAGAUGGCGGAAGGUGAUCCAUGGCGUGAUAAGGCGGAGCAUGAAGGUAUCCCACGUAACAGCGGCCUUUACAGUCGUCACUCCAUAGUUCAGUGUGAAAAUGCCUCACUAGAGAUGUGCACUCUGAUGAACUGUCUCGGUUAUGGGCCUCACAUCAGACAGGCACGGAGAGACGCCUACAGAGAACGUGAUAGGCUGCAGAAUGCUCGAAGGACUGGUACGACGCUGAUCACUACUGGUAGCAAGUCAGAGGGGCUGACAGGCGUGUAUGAAAGUGACGUGGAUAUGAUGCAUGUUGUAGAAGGCAUCAUGUGUUUAGAAAAUGGUGUUGAUUCUGAUAAAUUACCAAGGGAGACUACUGUGUUUACAUUAAACACCGGCGUGUGCUACCACGGACAUUCUAGGCUUAAUUUACUCGAGCGACGUGGUGACAUUAUUCCAUCAAUAAUGCUUGAUGCUCUGUGUGAAGAUGAAAACGGGCGUUUCCUCCUGAGCAGUGCUUUAGUUGUUGAUGCUGUGAACAGUAAAUGGGCAUCUAUUCCAAACGAGAUUCGCCAUGAACGUGCAGGGCCAUCAUUGCCGAGUUCAUUCGGGCCAUUGCAUACAGACACUGUCCUUUCUUUUCGCUGUCACUGUCCUGGUAUACUAUCGAGAUGGGCAGAGCGAAGUCGCCAUUGGCCACCACCGGAUAUCGUUCGCAAAGUCGUAACUAUGGGAUCAUUUGUAACACCUGUUGGUUUUAGGGGUAGUGAAUAUCAACAUUUAGAAUGGAGGAUUUGUUUUAAUACUGGGGAGAAUGAACUUAUGGGCAGUCUUAAUAACACCCAGGUCUACAUUUAUGUUUUAUUGAAAAUGGUUGUUAAGGACGUUAUAAUGCCAGUUAAGAAAGAAAUUACAUCAUACACAGUAAAAAACAUUGUAUUGUGGCUUGCGGAAAACAAUCCACAGGCACAGUUCAAUGAAAGCAGUGUGUUUUAUUGGCUUCGGGAAGGAUUGGAGAAAUUAAGAACGGCAAUAUUAAAGAUCGAACUGCCAUAUUAUAUGAUACCAGAAAGGAAUCUAAUGGCAGCAUGCGGACUGGAUGAAGGACAAAAAUGUACAUGGGUAAAUACUAUCACGGACAUGAUGAACGAAGGUUCAAAUACAUUACUAAGAUUGCCGAGGAUACGGAAGGCAAUAAUAUCGCAUCCAGAGCCACUAAUGUGGUAUAACAAGAAGAGAGUUGAGAUGGAACUGCUGCACUUGAAGCUCUGGAACAGAUUAGAACAGUGCAAGGAUGAGAAUGGUGGUGUGGUCAAUAGGUCGGAUCCUAUGCUGCAGGCGAUAUUGAGUCGUAUAGUUGAGUUAAGGAAAGAGGUCCAUACGAGGAUGAAUAGGGAAGGAAGUCGUUUGAAUGAUUGGUUUGAGAUACCUAGUAUGAUGCUUAUGUAAUUGUGUUGUAAAUGCUUGUUAUUCCAUGCAAUGCAUAUUUUCAACAAUGCGCUACAGAACGUAGUUAAGUUAGGGCGUCUCAACAUAACAGAUAUAUCGAGGGCUAAACGGAAAACUGCAGUAUCUCCUUCUUUAUUUAAUAUGAGUUACAACAGUCUUCCGUUCAGCCCUCGAUUUGUGCUCAUGCGUGAUUUGAUAUUUGGUAAUAUCAAUGGUGUUAGUUUUCCCUUCGUAAUUCAUUUAAUUGUUCGGACGUGUAUUAUUGGAUUGUUAAGUUUUGUUUGUUAACUUAAAAAACGGUCCGUACACUUAUAAGUGUUCACAGUCAUUACGUACCGAGUAAAUGUAUAAAUCGGUAAUUUUAUAAAUUCAUGCUUUAUUUCAGAUCAACUUUGUUAAUAAUAACUAUUAAUUGUCACCCAAUCUUAUUUGGAGUGCUCUGAUUUAAUCCAAAAAAUGUGCAUACUUAUAGAAUCUCUGUCAUACGUUGUUUUUUGUUGUACGCACAUUUGUUUGACAUGCGUUUAUAGGUUGUGCUUCUUUUUCCGUUCACAAUAGUCCUUUAUGAUGUAACAGAGAAUUUAGUACGUAUGACCGUUUAAACAUUAAGCUAUACAUAUUAAUAUGCACAUGUAAUAUGGAUCGUAAAAUGCAGAGUAUCGAAUAUAAAUGUGUGUUAGUUGAUAUAAAUUACAUCUUAAUACAUUAUUAACGACACGUGAAGCAGUCAUAAAUUUUCCUUUGUUUAUCGAACCUACUGGUACGAUGUGACGUUACUUUCAUUGGCAAAGUAUGCUAUUUGAAUUAUCCUGCAUAAUGAAGCUGCGUCUAGGUUUUAAGGCACAUAACGACCCCAGAUUUCUUGAUUCGCAUACAGAUUAAAUUAGAUAAAAGCAAAAUGCUCAAUGGGUCAUUGUCGACCUGAUAUGGCCCACAAGUCACCUGGGGAUGACUUAAAGCCGACGCUAGUCACCCCCGGGUGACAUGAAGCCGAUUGUAGUCACCCGGGGUGACAUGAAGACGAUUCCUGUCAACCGGGGGUGACUUCAAACCGAUUCUAGUCAUCCUUUAAAUCAGCAUAAAGUCACCCUCAGCAACAAUGUUAUUGCAAUCCUUACCUUUUAUCAUACAUACUCUGAUUUUAAAAUUCUCUUUUUUUCUAUUUUUACUUACAUGUUGUUGUUAAUGUUUUCGGAAUAAGCCGCUUUCUGGUCGAACGCGCGUACGCUUUUUACAACAUCUAAAUGCGAUGCGGUGCCGUUUGAUAAAAAAAAAAUAUACGGGUGACUAGAAGCCGAUUCUUGUCACCCGGACAAAGAAGAUAAUGUUAUGUCCGUAUGAUGCGAUACUCGCGAAAGUGACAGUUAUGCAAUUGUUCAUACUUUCAACAUAUUUAAAACAUCUGAAUGUAUGCAUUUCUUGUUCACUGUGCAUGUCUUUGUAAAUUUGAUUCCUUUAAACGAGCAUUCCUGUUGUUUGAAAUUCAUAUUUAAUAAGGAAUGCAAGAGGUUGACCGGUUAACCUACGGAAACGACCAGUUAACCGGUUACAUUUUCGGGAAAAGGUUCACAUGAAAAAACAAAUUUUAGUAUGCUUUUUUAUUGGAAUAAUCUUUUCUCUUUGUCAUAAUACAUUUCGUACGAUUUUACGUUUUGCGCGUGACAUACUGCCAAUUUGCGCUGGCAACUAGUAAAAACAACAUGCCGCACCAUCGACGGUAGUAAAUACCGUGUCAAUAAAAAAGGCAAUAAAGCAGAACCUUUGUGGUAACAAGCAGGGGAGUACGUUUUGAUAAUUUGCAUUGUUGUGUUUAACUCACGAAAAUUUAACUAGCGAACUGCGUGGAGUGGGGGCUAUUAGCGAAGAGGCAAUUGACACGUUUAUAGAACUCGCGAUCAAUUUCAAUUGAGAAAUUGGAUGGCUUAUUUUGAUGUUUUGUUAACCAAUAUCCAACACUGAUUGCCAGCAAAAAUAAAGUAUUUAUAAGUAACAAUUUUAUCAAGAAUUGAAUUCGUAGUUAAAAUCUUGUCGAGUUGACGUCUUAUUUAUUCUAUCAGAAAUUAAAAUCAUUGUUAGUAAUGUACGUGAUCCACGAUGCCACAACUACCGUCUGAGGCAAGU